UGUAGUUUUCUACUCCCAUCAGCUGCUGUUCCUUGACCCACCGCCAUGUUAUUUCUCAAAACAAGGUUGAUCAGUUGGAAUCACAUAACAGUGCUACUACAAGCUAGCUAACUAGUACUUCUCCCGCAAACUGUUGUACACAGCAAGUGGAGCAACCCUGGGGUAGAGUAGCCAGUUAGGAUACACGUUGAGAAUGCCUAGGAAAAAGAAGAAUGGCCAAAGCCCAGCCAGAGGGCCUGGACCGUCAAACGAUAACACCAACCACUAUCGAAUAUCGGGAACUAGUAUUGACGGUGCGCCCAUAUCCAGAAGUGACUUCAACGACGCGGCGAGUAACUUUCCUUACGGCGGCCGUGGUGAUAUGCUAGCGCCACCAAAUUCCGGAGGCAGCUCUGAUACAUAUAAACAGGAGGAGAUAGUUAGAAACAUGCAGGAGAUGUUUUCCCACUUGGACCCUGAAGUUAUUUACAUCGUGCUGUCCGAGUGUGAUUUCAAAGUUGAGAAUGCCAUGGAUUCCCUCCUGGAGCUGUCUGUUGCAGCUGAAGGAGUUGACAACCUCCCUCCCCUGUCUGGGUUUGAGAUGGCCGCUGCCCUCCUCAGUCCCCAACACCACCCCAUCAAACCGGAGCCUCAACCCCACCGUCCCAUAGGGUUGCCCGUUGCCCCCCUGUCCCUUUCCCCACAGCCCGCUUCUCUCCAGAGCCAUGAUGACCAGGAUCUGAGUUCUGGCUUGACUGAAGAGUUUGACCUUCUCAUUGACCGUGAGCUGGAGACUCUAACCACACAGAGCCCUCAUCAGAACACCCUGCCAGAGCUGCUUCUGUCCAGCCCUGGAGCCUCAACCUCCUGGAGUGUGCCCCUGGGGGACCAGUCAUGCCCAGGGAAGGUACUCUCAGCUGGGCAGCCAUCCGGACUUCACUCCCCUUGGUCGGACCGGAGGGUCAGCACCUCUGGGGGAGCUGUGGGCUGUCAACAGCAGGAUUCUCUACUGGACUUCAGCCAUCUGACUUCAGGACCGGACAAGACAGGCCCAACUAAACCCAGCCUGGUCCUGGGUGCUCCCGGACACCCCUCUGCUUUCCAGGUGUACCGGAACCCGGCUCCGCCCCCAGGUCCUCCAGGGGAGAAGUGGGCUGUGUCAUUGGACAGCGGAAUAAGGGGUGCGAGAGAGAAGACCAGGAUUGCAGGAGGAGGACAGGAAGAGCUACUCUGCAACACGCAACUCUGGAACACUGAGGCACCCGAGUUCCAACCGCGUAUCCUAGGAAACGACACUGCAGGGGGGCCUGUCUUCAUAACGCCAGUGGUCAAAAACCCCUCCCCCUGGCAUACCCAAGCCAUGCCCGCCUCCCAAUGGUGGGGCCAUGGACCCUUCAGUAAAGCCACUGUUAAGGUGGGAGCUUCAGCCCCCAGGUCCUGGACAGAGGGUGUUGCAUCUGCCCUGAGAACCCCCGUCUUUCCUGGUGCUCGUGGUAGGCUCCGGCUGGAAGGGCGUGUCUUAGUGAUCCUACGGGGAGCUCCGGGGUCGGGCAAGACAACCCUGGCCAGGGCCAUGCUUGAACAGAAUCCACAUGGUGUCGUGUUGAGCACGGAUGAUUAUUUCUGUCGCCGUGGAGAGUAUUGCUAUGACCCUUCUGUGUUAGGGGAGGCCCACGAAUGGAACCACAGUAGAGCCAAGGAAGCGAUGGAGGCCUCUUCCUCUCCUGUCAUUAUUGACAACACCAACAUGCAGGGGUGGGAGAUGAGGCCCUACAUAGCUACGGCUCUGAGGCUGAACUACAAGGUACUGUUCCGGGAGCCAGAUACCUGGUGGAAAAACAAACCCAGAGAAUUGGAGAGACGUUCUAAACACGGAGUGUCUGCUGAGAAGAUCCGUCGGAUGAUUGAUCGUUAUGAACGUCAUGUGACCAUUCAGUCAAUUAUGGGCAGUGCAUGCCCCAAACCUGACCCCAAACUACGCUCCCAACUGGACCCCCAACCUCCAACCCAAUCUCCGGCCCAACUGGACCCCCGACCUCCACCUCAAUCUCUGGCCCAACUGGACCCCCAACCUCCACCCCAAUCUCCGGCCCAACUGGACCCCCAAUCUCCGGCCCAACUGGACCCCCAACCUCCACCCCAAUCUCUGGCCCAACUGGACCCCGAACGUCCAUUUCAACCGGACAACAGACAAAAGCGUUUUUUCUUUUCCCUGUCUCACUCUUUGUCUCCUGAUAGGCACAAAUCCUCAGAUGGAGCAUGCCCAGACCUCGUAGCAGAGCAGCUGUUGGUUCAAGGGUUUAUGAGACCUCCUCCCAAGCUUUUCUCCUCUCUUCCCGAUGUAUCAUCGGUCGGGUGCUUCGGGAGAGACCCGGGGGUGACCCAUGGGUCCACAGAGUCCCUCCCCUCCCUACGGGAAAGGCCUUCGGACAAUGAAGAUUCUCUGGAUUUGGCAGUGCUGCACCCUGAACUGAAAGCUCAGGAGGAACUGUGGGAGGGAGAGGAGGAGGAGGGAGAGGAGAGGAGGGGGGAGGAGAGAGAGGAAGGGAGUGAGUGGGAGGAAGGGGGAACAGGAACAACAUGCUGUCCAGUAGAGUCUGUGUUGUUUAAUACCAGCUGCCAUGGUGACGACGAGAUACCAGUGGCGUUCUCAGAGUCGAUUGGCCAGAGGGUGAGGAGAGAGAGGAGGAGCCGAACCAGGAAGACAGACUCACUGGAGCCUGCUGACAUAGUCAAAGACACUAGCCAUUUAGAGAGAGAGGGGGGAGGAAUGGGGGAUGGGGGAGAGAGGGGGAGGCCUGAGUUGUUGGAUUUUGUUGGAGACUGGCCUUUGGGGGAGGCACUGGGACAGAGGGGACUGGGGAGGAGGAAGGGGAGGCCUGUCGUGAUUGAGGGGGAGGGUGGUUGUGAUUCGGAGGAGGCAGGUCACAGAGGAGGGGGUCCCGGUGGCGGAGCUGAUUUCACAGAGUUCCAGAAACUACUAGACCUGCUGCAAACAGGUGUUGACUCUUCCCCAAUUCACUCCUCCCUCUCUCCUAGCCCAGCUUCAGACCCCUCUCCUUGUGAUGAGGGAGAGAGGAGGGAGGCAGCAGGAAGGAGAGGGGAGGCUGAUGGACUUACAUCCAGUGAAAGAGACAGAGACCAAGUGGAGAGCCGGGAACUCCCCUGCAACGUAGUGGUUGAGUCCAACCCUGGCACAGACCAAAGCCAGGGAGAAAACCUUCAGUGUGCUGGGGAGGGGGGGCACGAGGGCUCAGUACAGGAGGAGGACGGGGUGGAGGUGGGGGUCAGUUCAGAAGCUGGGAAGGGCGUUGCGGCAGCCGAUGAUGGCAGUGACGUCACUGAGGUCACUCGGUGUACUGAGGUCAGUGAGGUUGGUGUGGACGGCAAAGUCAGCCAUCUUUACAGUCUAGGUGGAGGCAGUCAGGAGCGAAGGCAGCCAGGUCGGAGUCGCAGGGCGGGAAAACACUGUAAGCUGGCGCUCACCUUCACCCAUAACACCCCUCCCCCUCCUAAACCCAGUGUUGGCCCUCACCGUGACCUCGGUGUCAGCCCUGACCCCAAGCCUGACCCACGGUGCCCCUCCCCACCCCCCUCAUGGGUCGACCCAGGUCGCUCCACCCAAACCGACCCUCAGGACUUUGCCUUCCUUUGGCGUCUGGAAAACGAUGGCCACAGUUACCCAGACUACGCUAAGAACACCACCCCGCCCACUGUUCUCCAUGGCGACCCUUCCCACUUCAUCCCUGGGGUGUCGGAUGUGGUCUCUGCAGGGUUUGCAGUUCAAUCCUCCGGCCAGCGGGUGGUGCCAUACCGUGUGGGACAUGACAAAGGAAGCCAAGUGGAAGAGAGUGAGUUGGAAGGGGGUAGGACUCGGCAGGAGAACCUGAACAUACUCCAACGCCAUUUUAAACAGGUCAACUGGGAGACUCUGGAAGACCUGUAUAACAAGUGUCAACAGGACCUGGAGUGGACUAGUAACCUGCUCUUGGACUCAGGAGAGAGAUUGUUCAGAGAGGAAGAGGAGGGUGGAGAAGAGGAUGACGAUCUGUUGGGACUGUUCGGAAAUAUGGACAUGGCCAGGCGGGCGGUGCCGGGCUGUCUGGGGGGACCAGAAGGGGUGUGUUCAGAUUCAGAAAAAGAGGUAGUGCCCUCAGGAGGGCAGGAAUUAAAAGUGCAGGCAUCGCCCAUCAGCCGUUCGGACGCUGAGGGGGGUGUGGCAUUGGGAAGCAGUGAGGAGGAAGUGGGUGUGGUGGAGGUGGGACCAGUAAGAGAUAGUGGACUGAACCAUUCAGUGUCUGAGGGUGGGGGCGGGAAGGGGCAGGAGGAAGAAAACACUGCCCUUGGAGAAUCCACCCAUCUUGAGUCCAGGUCAACAGGAAGUGAUGUCAGAGAACCACCAGUGGCGGUGUGCAUGGAGGGAGGAGCCUCCUCUGAACAGUUGUUGGAGAACGAGGAGCAAGAACCGGCCUUUAUGGAUGAGUUGAAUCAGUCACUUCCUGAAAUUCUGAACGAGAUGUUGAGAAGGGAGAAGGAGGAGAGGAGAGAGGAGGAGAGGAGAGAGGAGGAGAGGAGAGAGAGAGCAAAGAGGAAAAGCAAACAUCUGGACAUUCAGAGUGUUGAACUGAAGCUGCCCACAGAGCUAGCUCUGCAACUCACUGAGCUGUUUGGACCUGUCGGAGUUGACCCAGGUGCAUGUUCUCCAGAUGACUUCGCUGUGAAAAUGGACCUCAACAUGGCCAAACUGCUUCAUCAGAAAUGGAAGAACACUGUCCAGGAGAGACAGAGACAGGCAAUGCUCUCCUACCAUCUACUACAAGAGAGCUCAGUCCACUGGGGAGAAUCACAGACAGCUAAAGCUGGGCUCGGGGAUGGGUCACACCCAACUCACUUCCUGAUUGGUGCAGAUGGGUUUGCGUCUCUGAGCAGCCAAUUCGAGGCACAGGAUGAGGGGCCAAUCAUGGACCACUGGAGUGUGUCCCGCCCCCACAUUUCACUCCGAGACAUCAUGACAGAAGAACAGGCUCUACAAGAGAAUGUGAAGAGGGGCCGUUCUGGUUGUGAAAGGAGAGAUGGUGCAGCCAUGUUGAAGGAGGCCCAGCUGUAUGACUUGUUCCCAAGCAUAGACAGACACUUCCUCCUGGACAUGUUCAGAGACCACAAUUACAGUUUGGAGCAGACUGAGCAGUUCCUAAGGUCAGUGUUGGCUGAGGGCCCUGUGAGGAAUGUUGUGGCCCCAGGACCCACACCGCGGUCACACAGCAGAGACCGAGACAAGAGGCGUGUACCAUCCGUGGCCCCUCCCCUCCCACAGUACCAGGAUGUGGAGGACCCGGAGUAUGAGGACUUCAGAGCCGAGGCUCGUCUUCAGCGAACCAAGCAGCAGGACAGCUUCAGCAAGGCCGCCGAGGCCUACAGGCAGGGCCGCAAAGACGUGGCCUCCUUCUACGCUGAACAGGGUCAUCUCCAUGGUCAGAAGAUGCGUGAGGCGAACCAUCGUGCGGCAGCCCAGAUCUUUGAGCGGGUCAACUCCUCCCUGCUGCCCCAGAACGUUCUGGAUCUCCAUGGCCUGCAUGUUGAUGAGGCUUUAUUACACCUGGAGGAGGUCCUGGAGAAGAAGAGCACAGAGUGUCAGCAGGGUCUGUGUUGUCUUCAGCUGUCCGUGAUAACAGGAAGAGGGAACCACAGUCAGGGGGGUGUGGCUCGGAUCCGGCCUGCUGUCAUAGACUACCUCAGCACACACUGCUACAGGUUUACUGAACCUAAGCCAGGACUGGUGUUGGUGUCUCUGAACUGAGAGGAAGCUGUAAUUUGACCCACUUUUUAGAAUGACACCACUUUCUACUCUUCUCUACAUCCUCUCCUCUUUCCUUUGAAUCUACCUCUACCACCACCUCUUUCCCUCUUUCUGUCAAUCUCUCGCUCACUUUUUCACACACACACACACACACACACACACACACACACACACACUCUUUCACCGUCUUUUAUCUGAAUGAGUUUUAAACGCCAAAGCAGAGCUAUCUUAAUGUUUAUUUAUGCCUUUACUGUGUGAUUGUAUGAAACACAAUCAGGUGUUUACAAAUAAUGACAGAGACAGAUUCCUGGAAUAUGGUUAUUCUGCAGAUACUAAGAUUUGGUUUUAGGUCAAUCUUUACUUGACGCUUCUACAGUAUAUAACGCUGAAUGUAUGAGGUUGUGUACGUUCUAAAGACAGCAGCUAUGAGUCCAUCAAACAAGAGUUUAUCUAGAUUUGGUGAACAAUAUAUUGGUGUUUAUACAUUUGAUGACAAUGUGUUUAUUUUGAUCUUAGUAUUAGGCGAUGCUACGAAGUGAAUGUGCCAAUCCUUAAUGUGACUCUGAUUCCUGCUCUCUUUGAAAUGCACUACAUAACGCCAAAUGUCGUCACUAUGGUAACUCAGGUAUCUGAUCCAGUCACAGCGUUCGGAAGCAGUUGCUGUAAUUGAACAUGUUUUCCCCCAUAGUGUUUGCUGAAGUACGAGGGGCUUGAUGGCCAGUGUACCUCAACUCAGGGCUGUUCUAGGUACUGGAUAAUGUUUAUAAAAAGGAGGGCUUGAACCCUGAAUGUUGGUUGGCAGAAAGCUGCAGUAUACUGUAUGAGACCAUAUAUCAUGGGCAUGACAGAAUGCCUUAGGCCUUUUUACAUUUAUACACCCAGGUUGAGGCUUACAUUUCAAGCCUGUUGAAAGUGAUUUGUUUCAAUGUUUACAACUUUUCUUGUACUUUUAACAUAAAGCCAUAGUGACUGACCCCAGGCACUGAAGGCAUUUUCUAUUUGUACAUUCAGCAUUUUUUAUACAUUUCUUUUAUUUACAAAUUGUAUUUGAAUAAAGAAUACACUUUAGGAA